CCGAGAUCGACGCUUUGGCUAUCAGUCCAUCUUCUUGAAAUCACGAGAACAGAUCCUGGAAUAUAAGACUCAUCUUUAUUUUGAUGUGUUUCGUGGUCAGGUGAAUAGUAAUUUCGUGGUAUUGCCCGCACCAAAUCAGUGAUUUCCUUCCUGAGAAAAGCAUGACUUAACGUGGGAAGGAACUUAUUGAGAGCGAGACAGUGGUUAGUUGUGUUUUGAAUUCGGGACUGUUGGUAGGAAAUUAUCAUAAGUCAAGAUGGAAUGGCUCAAGACCAGUGUGGUUUUAGUGAUGAUGCUAGGUAUGGUGAUGACUCAGGGAGAAGUUCCCAAAAGCCUGUGCCAUGUUCCAGGAUGUCAGUGUGACGUGAAUGCGAAUAAUCCAGCUUUGGUGGAUGUCGAGUGUAAUUGUGAGACCAAGAUGGAUGUGAAGAUUGGUGUUCGGGACUUGACGGACAAUGUUUCGGAACCUCCGGAGAAUGCCGCACAAUUAAAAAUCUCGAGCUGCCACUCGGUGGAGUUGUUCCCACGGAUCAUCAACCGAAUGGCCAAUCUCAAGAACAUCACGAUAUCCAAGUCCGACGAGGUCAAUGUUCACCCACGUCUGUACAAUGCGAAAGCUGGCACGCGUUUGUCAUCUCAUCUGCAGAUUGUGGAAUUCUCAGAGAUUCGGAACCUGAAGAUCGCCCGCCAAUCGUUUGACGGGAUCAGUGUCGACGGGAGUUUCUGGUUGAAGGAGAUCGCAAUGGAACGAGUCCCGUCCAUGGCCUUUCACUUUGAUCAUGUCAAAGAGUUCAGCGUGUUUGGGAGCCGAUUCGACCGUGUAUCUAUGUGGGGUUUUCGGUUGGAAUCUUGCGGCGAAUUCAAUGCCUUGGGGAUGACCCGGUUCGUCAGUUUGGCCACCAGAGGGCUCUACCUCAAAUGCGACAAGUUCAUGUUGGCAUACAAUGUGUUUGUCAGUGUUCAUGAUUCGAGUUUUGACGUCAAAUUCGGAUUCGCAGACAUCCAGGGCAACACUUUUGAUUCUAUGAUCGGCAAGCCCUUCAUGGCAUUCAGGCCCAUGGCCAGAGAUGAGCUCACCAACCCUGAAUCUCAAAGAGGAUUAGUUUUCCGUGAAAACAAGUUCACAGCCAGCCCUAGCCUGCCCUUUGGAUCGUUGGCCAUGCCGGCCUUCGAGAAGUUAGAUCCCGAGGCCGAGUACAUUGACAUCGACAAGAAUCAUUUUGUGUGCGAGUGCAGUAAACUCUCUUGGUUCAUUGGCCUGAUGACUCACCAGUUUGACAAAGAAGCCAUUCAAGACAUUGGCAAUGACGACGUGGGCUAUGGAUCACUGGACUUCUUGGAACUGGUCUACGAAACCUCAGGACAUUGUUUAGAUUGCCAGCUGACCACUUGUGAAGUGACGGAAAAGGAUUUCAUGAAAUACGCCGAUUCUGCGCUUAUCGUGCACGACAACGAGCUCAAAUGCUCCAUGUCAGGUCAAGCCUUGAAGAGCCACUCCAAGGAUGGUAAAAGCUCAUUCAUCAUUCCGGAGCGGCCUUCGUCUUAUAGUUACGAAAGGGAACACGAAAAUGACUCUUCUCUGGAGAAUCCGUCUCCUCCGGACAACUUGAAUCUGAAACGGGAUGGUGACCAGUCCAACGUGUCCGAAGUCACUGGUUCCGGUGUCACCUAUCACAUUUCGCUCCUGGGACUCACCUCUUGCCUUGCUAUCCGGACUUUACUCCUUUGACGUGCCAUUCUCUCACCUACUCAAAUAGCCAUUUUUCAAAGAAACUAGUCAGAUAAAAUUGAGUACUACUACCUACUGCAAUAUUGAAUCAUUAAAAAGUGUUGUUUAGAAAUGUUUAGGAGUGCCUAAUGCAAUGCAUCAAUUUAAACUA